AUGCAGAACAUGGUGAAAGAGCUGGGAGCCAUGGCUCUCAAAGCUGCCAUCAGCGGGUUUUGGUCCGAGAUCCUUGGGAUGCUCUGGCAAGCCUUCUUUCCGCCACCCUUUUCGAAGGAGGAGGCCAUUAUGAAGCUCAUGAUGGAGUGGACCGAGCAGUAUGUGCAGCGCGCCAUCGCCGCAGAGGUCAAGAAUGCCAUCGCCGGGAAGAUGUGUACGCUCGAGUCUGCCACAGAUGAGCUGAACAAGUGCAUGGCCAGCUUGAAGGAGGAGAUCGAGGAGGCUAAGAAGCAGAGGGGGGAGGUGGAGGAUGCGGAGGAGGAUCUGCCAGGGCGCCUUCCCACAAUUUCCCGCCGUCGCAGGUCUCAGCCGACGACACCAGCGCCGAUCCCAUUUCCUGAAUCUUUGUUUCUUGAGUGCCUUACCAAGCAUACAGCGGCCAAGAAUGCGGCAUGGGCGGUCUACAACCAGAUCAAGACGACCGGGUACAAACAGGAGAUGGCGCCGGAGUUCCAGGCUAUCGCCUGGUCUCUGAUGACCCUGUGGCGGCAGCUCUACAACGUCCGCCUCGAGAAGGAAGCUUUCGAGCCCGAGUCCAAGAAAGUCUCCGAGGACGUCUUGGAAGCCAUGAAGGAUGAAAUGAAAAAGCUGGAUGUGACAGCCAAAGACAUCAUGGACGAGUGGAAGAAGUGGCGAAAGGACCGACUCGAAACCAAGCAGUGGAGAUAUCGAUCUGGUGGUGGUGGAAGCUUCGUCUACUACUAUCAGGCUUCUGUAACGUUGAUUGACAAGCUCACAGGCUUCGAGCAGACUUGGAAGACGGAGAAGUCAAAAAACGACAACUGGCCGUAUGACAUACUCACGGACAAGUUUAAGGAGCACGUCAAGGAACGCCACAUGCAGCAAAAGUUCAUCGAAGAGUUUGUCCCGAUGAUCUCAACUUAUCCUUACGUCCGUCGCCUGAUCCCCGGAGAAGAGACUGGCAAAUUGAUACCUGAUCCGCUGCCAGUGUUCAUUCAGCUGCCAACAUUAUCUGGAUGGCUCACUGGCAACAACCAGAUGGACUUGAAGAAGGACGGUCGAGAGAAAUGGGUCUAUGCAAGCAUAAGAAGCAGGGAUCACGGCCCCAUUCACUCGAUUGCCGGGCGCCGCGGAGAUCAGAUCGACCAGCUGAACUUCGUCGGCCGAGGCUUCGUUCCCCUGCCGGAGCACAACACCGGCGGAGAAGAGAUGCCAGAGAAGUACUUCCAGGGGAAGAUCUGCGGACUGGACGUGGGGUACUGGAAGGACUGGAUGCAUCGCUUCACGGUUUUCAAUGUCAAGAACGCUUCUGAUAGCUGGAAAGGAAAGAGCUCAACGGAGACUACGUUCUAUGCAUCUGGCCCAGGUCUCUGCGGCCUCUACAGUUUCGACCGCCCGAAGAUGCAGGCCGAUGGCUUCGGGGGAUGCGGCGACGCUCUGCAGCUGCAGAUGUGGUUCCAACCCGACGAGACCCUGAAGUAG